AUGUUUGAGACCGCCUUGAAAAACACAGCUGCCACUGCUGUUGGGGGCCAGCUUGUCAAUACAGAUGCAUCGCUUGACCAGGAUCCUGGCCACGAUCUUGCCAGGCCGAAGCUUGAUGCUGUAGGCGUCAUUGGGGAUGACAUACAGGACCGACUGGGUACCUCUCCUCAGUCCAAGCUAGGUGCUCUCACUAGUUUCUACCUUUCUUCAUUUUCACCUGUCAUUGGCACAGAACUCAUUGGUAUUGACCUCCGCCAGCUAACAAAUCGACAAAAGGACGAACUUGCCCUUCUUGUUGCGGAGAGAGGCAUUGUUUUCUUCCGAGACCAGGAGCUCAGUAUCCACGAGCAGCUUGAUGUUGGUAGUCCUGGCAUGCAGGUAUACCUUGAGGGUCUUACAGCUCUACACAGCGCGGUUGCACAAGCGGAUGGAUAUCGCACAGCUGGCCUCCAUGUCUGUCGUGAACCUGUUGAAAGUGUACAUCCUGUCGUUCGUGUCCACCCAGUGACUGGCUGGAAGAGUGUUUAUGUCAACCCUGGCUUUACCCUUCGCAUACUCGGCAUCCCCAAACCCAAAUCUGACACCAUUCUCAAUUCCUUAUUCCACCAGAUCACCAAUAAUGUUAACUUCCACAUGUGCUUCUACUGGGAGCCGAAUUCAGUCACGUUCUGGGAUAACAGGCGCAAUCAUGAAGCCCAGCAAGUUGCCAAAGUUUGUCGUCAAGAAGAAGAGGAAGCUGCCAGCAGGGCUUGUGAAGAGAUUCGUGAUAAUGCAGCUGUUAAUCUGGAUGAUAAUGAUAACCUUAUUCAAAGAUCUCCAUCACCCCCUGUGUAUCGCUUGUCGGGGUUGCCAAACUGUCGUCGACGUCUGCCAAAGAGAUUUUGUGAUGAUCUCCCACCAAUGCCAAUUGUUGUACCUCCAUCAAACCCAAAUGAUGUGGUGGCCACAGUGCCAGACCCCAACCAGUAUAACUCUGACCAUGCCAUCACUGUCACCACAGUGUGUGAUCUUUAUGGCAUCUACCGAGAAUAUAGCCACUCCAUUCCAUCGUUUAAUCCUGAUAAUUUUACCUCAGUUGCACAUAUCUCCAAUGCACCUACAUUCACCAAGAGUCAGGACAGCACAGAGGCUCGGCCUUGGUGGUCUGGGUUUGGCAAGUUGAUUCAAUCCAAUCAGACACAGUUUUUCUCACCAUUCCUCAAUGCAACAACCUUUCGGCUCAUGCAGUGGUUUUAUGGCGGUUCAAGUAUGAAAUCGCUUGGAGAGUUGGACCAUCUCGUCGAUGAAGUUAUUCUCGCAGAUGAUUUUGACAAAGCCCACCUUGUGAACUUCCGUGCUGUCAAAGAGGCUUACCGCCUCGAUAGUCAUCAAGGUGAUCCUCAAGAUGUACGAUCUUCAUUCUCUGCAGGAGAUGGAUGGAUGGAAACAACAGUCAAGAUCUGCCUCCCUGCUGAUGGGGUCAAGCAUGAUUCGGAGUCUAUGGCCCCAGAAUUUGAGGUUCCUGGCCCUUUCUACCAGUGA